CAAUAGAAACGCUGCAUGUUUUGCUUUUUGAAUCAAACGCGGUUGAUGGAAACAAACGCUGGUUUACUCCCAACAUUUUCAUCCUAACGGCGAAAUUGGGGAGGAAAGUUUAUAAGGUGUUUAGGAAGCGUCUGAGAAUUUCAGAGAAAUGUCUUCCAGGAAUUCAGGUUACGGUGAAGACAGCCUGCCCUCCAGCAGAUGUGGAGUCCGUACACCCCUGAGAAGCCUGGAAAAUGAUAUUGGGCAGUUGUCAACUCCAUCAUUGAUACUCAAGUCAAAAUCACAGUUCAGCUCUGAUGCUGUCAAAAUGAAAAUGACUGGCAGUCCUUCCUGUGACCAGGGCCCCCACAUCUAUUCUGCUCCAAACAAACUAACACAAACCAGUCCUUCCCCUCUUUAUACCAACCAGGAGGCCUGUGGAAUUGGAGAUAUAACGUUUAAAUCCUUUAUUUGUGCUGGCGGUGAGGUUGAGAUUCCCGGAUCUUUAGCGUGUGCGGAGGGGAGCAUCAUUUUGCACAAAGACACAGCAACAUGUAACAGUGCAACGGAGGAAACACUCAUCUCUGACUAUGUGACAGAGCAGGCGGGCAGUGAUCACUUAGAACACCCUUAUUACGAUCCUAACGUGAAACAGCCUAGUUUAUGUGAAAUUGCCAACACUACACUCUCCUUUUGUAACGUGGAUGAUAAACAACCCAAGCAGAACUUAAGCACUUUUGACAAUGACUACUGUGGAGAGGAACCUGUCACUGGGAAGUCGUUCCUUUGUGAUGGAGGAGACAUUGAAGUUUCAGAUGCCACCAGACUAAAAGAUGAGACGAUUCCCCUUCCAAUGGCUGAGCUUACUAAUCCGUUACAGGACAUAUGUACAAAUUUAAUUAGUUUCUCCAUUGAUGACCUCAGUCAAGUGGAAUCUGCUGAUCAUCCAUACUGUAUAAAUGAAAAUGGCAUCAAUCCUGUCACCACCAGCUUUUCUGAAACCAGAGAUGUUUCUGAAAAGCCUGCCAAAGGGCUGACUGACUUAACCUUUAAGUCAUUUAACUGCACUGGGGGUGAAAUUGAGAUUUCUGAGGAUACCAAAUGUGCAGAUGAGACUGUGUCUCUACCUGUUAAUCACACUGUUUUCAGCAGCGAGUGCAAUCACAGUAUUGAUCCAAGCAUUUUAGCUGAAGAUUUGCAAAGUGGCAAUGAUCAUUUUGACCAUCCAUACUAUAACAAUGAAGACAACCCCUCUCUUCCAUGCUGGAGCGUAUCCAGUGCUCCAGAAGCGGUAACUUGCAGUACUGAAGCCGUUGGAGUAAAACAGGGAGACUUGAUGGUACCUGAUUGUCAGGAAAGUACAGAGGAGCAUGUUAAAAUCUGCUCUUUCAUGACAGCUGGAGGUGAGCUUGAGAAGUUGGAUGAUACACGGGUGUCAGAGAAGGCCUCCUUUCAACUUAAGGACCAGGAUGUGACCUGUCAACCUCUAGACAAAAGUGUACCGACAUUAGAUCUGAAUCAAGAUGACAAUGACCAACACCAGAACAACUCGAACAAUGCUGAGCUUGUUGACAAUCACCAACUUAUUAGUGAAUCUUCAUUGACUAAAACCUAUUCUAAAGCUUUGGAAUGUGAAACUGUUGAUGGCCAAGUGCAAAAAACGUUACUGAAUACAAUGUUUCCUGAGGACUGUGUAUUGCCUUCAGUGGCCCAUACUGGCAGCUGCCUUGCAGAUUCAUCAUCUCGUGAAGUUCAGCAGGAUAUGGUAUCGCAGGUAUAUUCCCCCGGGGAACGCCCUGAAUCCAGUGAGGUAAACGACAGUGCCCUUGGCUCCUCUUCUAAUAUUCCAGCUGUCUGCAAUUCUGCAGAAAAACCUCCUGUGGAGAACCCCCCAGAUGUUUUGAAAGUCCUGUCAGCUUUGGAUUUGAAGAUCUUCAGUCCUAUUGUCAGGAGAGCAUCUCAGGCUUUCUCCAAGGCUUAUAGGGAUUUGGCUCAAGACAAUUAUUUAGCAGAUGAUUCUGCUCUUGAGGGUGAGAAAAGCCUGGUUGCUCCUGCUGGGUUGUGGGCCGCAAACUUGGAAAGCCCCAUGCCUCGUCCUCUUUUCAACUCCACAGCUUUAGGCUGCAAACCCCAGCCGGAUACAGUCGCAGAGCAGGAAGAAGUUUCAGGAAAGAAAAACUGUGCGGUAUCGCAGUCUGAAGUUGAAAAGCCGCUACGGGAUAUGCCGUUAAUCCCCGAAGGUCAGCUUCAACAACAACUCCGGCAGAUGGCAGAGUUCCUCAUCUUGGCAUCAGGAAAGAUGGGACCUGGUUUUCUCCCUGCUUCUGCUGCCACCGUAGGUUUGCCACAGAGACCUAUUCCCGCAGAAUCCUGCAGUGUCUGUGUGGGCACCAGUCCUGUAAAACUGGUGAACCACAGCCUCAACACUUCUGGUGUCUUUGAGAGAAAGAGGGAGUUCUCUACAGUAGACUCCUGCACUGUGACUGACCCCCUACUUUGGAAUUUACCGGCUGGCAGCUUGGAAGGCCUACCCAGGGAAGAGCUGGAACAGAGAUUUCUGUCGAGCAUGAUCAUGGUGGAAGCGCUGGUGCAGCAGUUGGCUGCAGCCAGGACGCAGGCCUGUCUGUCUGCAGGCCCGGCUCCUUCAGACCUCAGAGAGAAACUCGUGCAGACGGACCACACUGAACUCAGUCAGAGCUCAAUGUACAGACACCUGUAUAUGGAAGCUCUUAGUAGGAUCGACGUGUUGGAGCUUGAUGAAAGUUCUCUGCAGGAUCUGAAGCAGCGUAUGGAAGACAUGAGGAUUCUUAUGGGUUCUUUGACUAGUGACACAGAUGCUGCGCUCUGUAACAUGAAAGAAUUGGGUGAAAUUGUCAAAGAGGACCACGAAGAGCUCGUUUCACACUAUGAGCACACAAAGUCCCUGUUUGAGAAGUCGAAGGAGACUCAGAUGAGAAUGAUGCAGAAGGUAAAGGAUGCUCUUCACCAAAGAAAUGUCAUGAAGACUCAGAUGGAGGAGGCCUUCACAGCUAAGGAGGCGGCUUUCAGUGCGGCUGAACAGUUGAGGAGCCACUGUGCCACAAACAUUUCAGCACUUGAGGAAAGUGUGGGAUCUCAGCAGGAACUCUUGGCUGCUCUUACGCAAACUCAUCCAGAGCAGGUUGCAUUAAACAAGGAAUGCACUGAAACACUGAACUUAGCCUCAGAUGUUUUAUCUCAAACUAUGGAUGAGCACUCCAGUUUGGCAAAUGAACUCUGCACAAUCAGGAUCUUGGUGCAGAAAGCUGCUCCCAUACUCCUGAAGCUGAAUGAGAAGGCGGCUGCUGCUCUGAGAGACAGGGAUGAGCACAUUUCUGCAAGAGAUCAAGCUAUUGAAGAGCGAGAACAGAUUGAAGAGGAACUGAAUGAAGCAAAUUUUAAUCUCCAAGAUGCCAGACAACAGAUUAGUGAUUUAAAUCUGCAGGUGACCAUUCUGACAUCAGAGAUGGGUGUUUUGCGACAGAAGCUAACAGAAAAAGAAGAGGAGACGGGUCAGCUGGAGAGGAAGGUGACGGAGUUGUCGGCCACCGUUUCCUCCUCUUUGGCAUCCUACACGUUCUUGGAGCAGGCGCUUUCCGCUGAGACCACAAAGUCGCAGCAGUCGUGGAAAGAUGCAAAGCAAGCCAAUGAGAAAGCCAAUCUGUUGGAAGCAUCUCUGGGUCAGUCGGAGCAUCAGGGUCGUGCGCUCAGUCGGGCUCUGGCUCACAGCAACGAGCAGCGCAGUCAGUUGCAGACGCUCUCGCAGUCCCAGAGUCUGCAGAUCCAGCAGCUCCAGGAUGUUUGUGCACAGCUCAGCAGCGUGAAGGAAAUGAACGAGUUCCUGCAGAUGGAGAACGACUUGGUGAGGGAGCAGCUGAGCGAGAGUGAGCGCAUGCUGAGGACAAACCUGCAGGCGCUUCGGGAGAGGAACAUCGAGUGUGAGGAUCUUAAAGGAGAAGUUUGUAAACUUGAGAUGGAGAACAAUAAUUUGCGUGAAGAGCUUGAAAGCAGAAGAUCUACAUCUGAGGCUACUCUGCUAGGGCUCGAAGAGAAAAUGUCUCUGUCAGUCACUGAAAUCACUUUGUUGCAUUACACGCUGCGGGGACUGACCGACGAGCUGCAAGCAGCUCUCAAUGACCAGACACAAGAUGCACAGAAGGAUCAAGAGCCUGAACAGAUCAACAGCGUGGACUGUCACCCCCCCUCUUUUGCCGACAGCAUGACUUUGACUGCUGACAAGGAGGAAGAUUUCAAACCCCAUACACCUGCUGGUUCAGUUCCCGCAGACAUUCCUGAGCCACAGAGCAAACCUUUUUCCAGUAAGACGAGUGCCUUCACUCGCAUCGCGGCCAUCGUCCCCAAACAGAAUCUGGACGCAGCCGAUUCCGAAGAGGUAGAGGAGCAAAGCGGCGUGGCCGAGCUGCUCUCUGGUCUGGGCUGCACCGUCAAGGAGCUCGCCCGCAUGCUGAAGCUGGUGCAGCGGCGCAAAGACGCUCAGCUGCAAGAACUACAAAACACCAUCUGUAGCCUCCAGAUGGAGCAACAGGAUGCAAGUAACAGGCAUCAAAGUGAAGUGUCUGAACUCCAGCGCCAACUCAGUCGUCAUAACAACCUUCUUGAGCGAGGAAAUCAGGCUCUGCAGCAGAAAGCAGAGGAUGAGAAAACUUUGUCAAAGUUGAUGUCAGAAGUCCAAGAGUUUCAUGACAUUGUAAAAAUGUACAAGACCGACGGCAAUGAAAUGCGAAAGGAAGUGACUGAGCUUCGUCGAGCUCUGCAGCGGGCACAAAAUGAGUCUCGGCUACUGCAGGAGGAGUUGAGGAAAGCUGGUGGCCAGUCAGCUAACCCGGCACAUCACAUGGAAGAGAAGAUCCAGCUACUGAAAGAGGUGGAGAGGCUGAGGACAAGUCUGCAUGAAGUGGAACAAGCAAGAGGGAAACUCCUUGAACGAGCAAAGAGACAUCAAAUGAUCUAUGAGACCAACCACCAGAAAAGUGAGAAUGAGCUCCAGAUAUUAAACAGCAUGAUCAAUAGAGUCCGGGAGACUCUGCUGUCUUUGCCAGAUAUUGUGAGGAACUGUGACCAGCUCAAACAUCUGGCUGAAUUCAUUGGCUGACAUGUUUAUUGUCACCUGUUUGGUUUAUUUAUGUCAGUUACGUUUGAAGUUGUUCUGACUAUUAUUUUUGUGUUUCAAUAGUUUAUUAAAAUAUUUUUAUGUCUUAUCUGGCUUUUGUUCAUCAUUAAUCCUCUUACCAGAUAGUAAUACACAUGCAAAUCUGUACUAAGCUGCUCUAAGUGACUACUUACUCCCAAAAUGAAACAUUUCUAACCUGAUGUGGAGUGUUAUCUACUAGCAAGACAAUGACCCUCAUCUGCAGGACUAAAAGCGUCACAGAAUGGAUAAUAUGAAUGAAAUAAUACCUUCAGUGUCCUCACAUGUCCUCAAAACACCAAAUGGUAGAAGUACUGUAUUUUAGAGCAGUGGAGUUCAACUGAUCUGACUUUGGGACCUGAAACCUGCCCAGCAUUAACAGCAUUUAGGCAGUUUUGUGGUUGUGUGUUUUUAAAAUAUGUGAAUAUAAACUUGGAAAUAAUAAAGGAAGAAAGUUGUGGCCAAAGUUGAGUGUAUUUGUAAAUAAUUUUACAGCAAAUUAACAAAAGAACAACAAACAAACAAACUUAAACAUGUUAUUUGCUUUGUCUGUUAGGAUAAUUGUGUGCGCACUAAUGUGUAAGGAUUCACAGGCAGCAACAUGUUUUCCUGCAAAAUUCAGCGAAUAAAUAAGCAGUAAAACUAUCCAGUAACUCAAUCAAGUUCAUAAAGCUGACAUAAUCUAAACAGUUGGUGUUUUCCUGAAAAAUGUAUUAAAGUGCAACAACUGAGAAGUAGCUCCAACAAGACUUAAGAAUAUGUAGCUUUAGCGUCACCUGAGGCGCAGCCCCGUGAACCACUUUUGGGUCCCGAACCACCAGUUGAGAAUCACUGUUUUGGAGGAAUGAGGUGCUGCAGCCUGUUGGUCCAGGGGCAGAAGACGUUCUGGAUGAAAAAACGCUCCUCUUUUAGUUUGUCGCCUUUUCUAGGAAGUUUUCAUAAUUUUGUACGGAAGCAUAGAACUGCCACCAUCUUUAAAAGACGGUUAAAGCCAAAUCAUUUCAUAAUGUGAAAUGUUUAUGUUCAAACGAUAUAUAUUUUUUACAUUUGUACAAUAUCUUAUCACAUUAUUACAAUAAACCUU